UGAGAAACGAAUUUGUGCUAGUUCAAGCAACGCGUGGCGAAACAAAUUUUAAACUUGAAAACAGUAUCGUGUAAAACCAGCAAAAAACAAUGUCGUUAGUUCCAGUUUUUCUGCGCGAAUGGUGUGACGAUAUUCGUGGUGCACCACCACGUCCGUCUCGUAUACUGGAGCGGUUUUUCGGCGAGGACAUAUUUCCCGACGAACUGCUCGUGGCAGUGGAUCACGUUCCGAAGCGGCGUGCACAGAAGCGACCGUGGCACCUGUCCGGUCUAGGCACCCCAGAGGACAACCACGCAAUCGUCAAGCAAACCAAGGAAGGAUUCCAGGUCAACGUUGACGUACAGCAGUUCACACCGGAGGAAAUCUCCGUGAAACUUGCGGAUAAUUUCAUCACCAUCGAAGGCAAACACGAGGAAAAACAGGACGGCAAAGGCUUUGUAUGGCGUCACUUUGUCCGCAAGUAUCAGCUGCCGGAGGGAUACGAUGCUGACCGUAUGGUGUCGUCGCUUUCAUCGGACGGAAUGUUGACGGUCAAGGCCCCGAAGUUGGCACUUCCCGCAGCGGAAGGGGAACGUACCAUUCCGAUAGUGCGCACCAAAGGCAAAGCGGCGAUCAAGGAUGACCACAAAAAUGGAAAAUAA